AUCUACGUUCAUUCAGCAGUGCUAGUCACUCAUAGGAAACGCUGAAAUGUCUCUAGUAAAUCUGGGAGUAACUUUCACGCCUAUAUCAGGAUGUAGAUGAUAUUUUUUUUUCUAAAACGAAUACAACUUUACUGACAUACUGAAUUACAAUCACUAGUUGACUUCCCUGAUUGCUUCUGGACAGCUGCUGAAUCGGGUCACUGACCAUCAGGCGUUUCAUUCACCAUGCUGGACAUUCAUUUAGAAAGGAAAUGAAUUAUUUUAAUAAAACAUCGCCUGAGACUAACCUUGAGGACUAUGAUUAUAUUUUCGCCGAUGAGACUUUUAAACUCCUGACGUUCACCAUCGGAUCUAUCGGUGUCCUGGGCUUCUGUAAUAAUAUCAUCGUGAUUAUUCUCUACUACAGGUUCAAGAGACUCCGAACACCAACUAAUUUGUUAAUAGUGAAUAUAAGUGUCAGCGAUCUGCUGGUCUCAGUCACUGGAGUUAAUUUCACAUUCGUCUCGUGCGUGAAGAGAAGAUGGAUCUUUAAUUCUGCCACAUGUGUUUGGGAUGGAUUCAGCAACAGUUUAUUCGGCAUCGUGUCCAUCAUGACUCUCUCCGGUCUGGCGUAUGAGCGCUACAUCCGUGUGGUUCAUGCCAAGGUCAUUGACUUCCCCUGGGCCUGGAGGGCCAUCACGCACAUCUGGCUGUACUCUUUGGCCUGGACUGGAGCUCCUCUCCUGGGAUGGAAUCGCUACACGCUGGAAGUCCAUCAGUUGGGCUGCUCUCUUGACUGGGCUUCCAAAGAUCCCAACGACGCUUCCUUCAUUCUCUUCUUCCUCCUCGGAUGCUUCUUUGUUCCUGUGGGCGUCAUGGCCUACUGUUAUGGAAACAUCUUGUACACUGUGAAAAUGCUGCGUUCUAUCCAGGAUCUACAGACAGUUCAGACGAUUAAGAUUCUGCGAUAUGAGAAGAAAGUGGCAGUGAUGUUCCUAAUGAUGAUUUCCUGUUUCCUGGUGUGCUGGACGCCCUACGCUGUGGUCUCCAUGCUGGAGGCUUUUGGCUGGAAGAGUUUCGUCUCCCCCACUUUUGCCAUCAUUCCCUCUCUCUUCGCCAAAUCCAGCACUGCCUACAACCCCGUCAUCUACGCCUUCAUGAGCAGAAAGUUUCGCAGGUGUAUGUUACAGAUGCUGUGUUCUCGUCUGGCUAGUGUGCAGCACAGCAUUAAAGACCGUCCCCUGGCCCGCAUCGAACAUCCUGUACGGCCCAUUGUGAUGUCACAGAGCCGUCCCGACCGGCCCAAAAAGAGAGUGACCUUCAGCUCUUCCUCCAUCGUAUUCAUCAUCGCUAGCAAUGACACUCAUCCUCUGGAUAUUACUUCCAAAUGCAAUGACGAGCCAGACCUCAACGUAAUUCAAGUUCGACCGCUUUGACACUUGCUGUAGUGACAUAAAUAACGACGUUGGAGUUCAUUAACAUCACACUAAUUUAAUGUUUAUACAGAAGAUACAGAAACAUCUCUUUUUUUAUAUAUAAAUAAAUAUGGAAACAUGGAUUUCUUUAUUGUUGCAACAUAAACUGACUUUUUGUGUUCCCAAUCAAGACUUGUGUGAAUUAUAUCAGUUGUAACUAUUUUAUGAAAAUGACUUUGAGUUGUUUAUGAUUUUCUCCAUCUUUUCAGACACUGAAAUUUCCACCUUCACCCAGUUUCGUGAGCUGGUGAGAUAUCCGCAGCUUAGAUUGCACAGUCUGUGAGCAGAAUACAUUAGUGAGUGUGCUCAGAUAGAUUAGGAACACAGUGUUAGUACAAGGACUCUUCUAGGACGGGACAUUUGUCAAAAAAUCAAAAGGUUUUUUUUUUUUUUUUAAAUCUCGUCAUUCUCAAGCAUAGAAAUUCGGAUAUUGGCAUGUGCUAUUUUAUAUGCUAAUGAUAUUAAUUAGGGGGCGUUUACAAGGCGAAGAUCUGACACCAGUCAGCUGCGCACAAUUUCAAGAUCAUUUGCGAUUUAUAAACAUCACAUCUCGAAGA